UGUUGAUGGUGCAUGAUACAGUAUCGUGCAUAGAUGGACAAUUUUUUUUGACACGGUUUUGAUUGACCAACAAGACGACCUUAUCCGAUCGCUUAUCCAUAUUUGCACUCCUCUCACCUCAUACAAGUACCAGCUCCAUUAGAGAGGAGAGAAGGCCAGAGAGAGAGAGAGAGAGACGAGGGUUUAGAGAGAGAAAAUGGUUGGCUCACUCCAGGCUGGUUCUGUACUUAUGCAGCCAAGGAAGCAUGGUGGUGGAGUGGAAAUGAGUUGCAACUGAGUUCUAGAGAGAGAAAAUGGCACCAUGGCCAAAACCCAAACCCUAGUUUCUGCAACUCUUCUUCCUCAUCCAUUUGCCAACUUUCCGACCAUACACUUUUUACAAAUACCAAAAUCAAUUAUACUUCAUCUUCAUCUUCCUCCUCUCUCAUCUUCUCGGAAGCGCCCAAUACGAUCCCAACUCAAAUCAAGACCUGCCGGAAGAGAUCUCGACCGUCCACCCUCAACCAAGGAUGAAGCCAUUAACCAAGCCAGAACAUGCCUCUUGAAAGCGCUUGAAAAGCCCCUCAAUAACCCAAGAGUCACUGGAAAAUUAAAGAAGCAGAAACAACCAAGAUUCAGGCUUGAAGUUCCGGUCAUUGAUGAAUCCCCUCAAUCUCUCACGGGAAUAGCUGUUGAACUUUUCGGAAAAAUUAGACUCAAAAGGAAAGGUACGCCCGUUCAGUUUGUGUUGUUCUGGUCAGAUUCGAGCUUUAUCGAUGAAGCUGAUAGGGCACUUGAGCCAUUCAGAACUGUAAAAAAUGUCGAGCUUUCCACAAUGAAAGCAGGGAAUCGAGGUGGGUUUUCUGGAUUGGGUGAUGUGGUGGUUUUCAUGGCUCCUGAUUCUACCCAGCUUGAGCUUGUUGAAGCUGUUUGUGCAGAGAUUGAUGCAAAACCAGUUUUGAUUUUCAAUCCAAAGUGGGGUUUUGAUGAAGAGAGUGACUUUGGAAGGAUGGGUAGUUUUGUUUCUUCUUUUGACGUUAUUUAUUCGUUUAUGGGGUUAGAGGUUAGAGGGGUUUUGAGUAAGAGAAGAGGGGUGGUUUUCAAGUGCGAUAAUGGAGGAUGGGAGGUUUUAAUGGAGGAAGAGGGAGAAUUGAAGAUGGUUUCGAGGCUUAAGAAGAGGCCUUCUACAGUGGAGGUUGAGAAUGUUUUGUAUAAUUUGAUGGCCAUGAAUUCUCCUGUCACCAAAUCCAUGAGGUUUUUGAAGGAUUUGGUUUCUCGUGUCGGAGGAAGAAAGGAAUAAGCGAUGCAAUUGAUUUGAUUUCUUUUCUAUCCUUUUUCUUAUGAACAAUUGUUUUA